AUCGCCCGGGCCCACCGUCCGCCCUAUAUAGUCCGCACCUCGCGCUCACCUCUUUUCCCUCGUCGCCUUCUCCUCCCGCAGGCCAACCAUGUCUUCGCCUCUCCGUGCGCUCUCCCCGGGCUCCUCGCUCUCCUCGUACGACUAUUUCUCGUCGCAUUCCCGCCGUGCUUCGCGGAGUGCGUCCUCCGACGAGUCCUACGGCACCGUCUCCGACGAUGCCUCUUCCGACGACGAAAUCGUACUCUCCUUCUCCGACAUCUCCGCCCUCGAUGUGCUCUCGCAGCGCGGAGACGAUCCGCGGAGCCCCGCGGUGUUUUCGGACGAUGAGUUCGUGAUUAUGAGCCGGCCCCGUACCCCGCGCGAGGACGAUCUCACAACCACCUUCUCCGCUCUCUCUGUCGGUCCCUCGAGUGCAUCGAGCAGCUCCUCGUCCUCAAAGUCCUCGCGGAGGCGCGUCAAGAAGAAGAAGCGGGCGGCGGCGGCAGCAGCAGCAGCAGCAGCAGCAGCAGCAGCAGCAGCAGCAGCAGCAGCAGCAGCCCCUAACAACGGCGUUCCCGCGCCGAGCGCGAGCCCAGUGAAGGCCUCCAAGGAGUCACCGAAAUCACAGAGCCCGUCGAAGGCGAAGAGAAAGGCGAAGCGGGCGUCCGCGCGCGCGAGCAGUUUGCAGAGUUUCGCGGCUCUUGCGGGGCUCGGGGACCGGCCCAUCGUGGACGACGUAUCGGAGGCAGGGACCGAGUAUCCCGCGGUCUACGUGCCGCCCGCGGUGUAUGAGAGCGCACAGACCUAUGUCUCAUCGGUGCUCUCUGCGGACCCGUCGAUGAAGGCAGACAUUCCGAAGCUCGCAUUCCUGCAGGCGCUGAUCAUCGAGCUCGGCCUGUACCCCGCCGUCCCCGAGCAAACAACCGUUGAAGCCGCGCCGGUGGCCCCAUCGUUCUUUUCGCUCCCGUCGCUCCCCAGCUCGAUGCGCGCCGCCAAGGCGCUGUUGAAGUCGCAAGUGUUCCUCAACGUGCGCGACUAUCUCGCGGUGCGCUCGCAGGGCGUCGAGGCGCUCCGAAGCGUUAUGCAUCCGAGCCGCUCUGCGCUCCUGCGCGACAUCCGCGGCGGGCGCAAGGCCCCCGUCAAGUCCGUGAAGGAGAGCGGACUGGGCGUCCUCCUCGUAACGUGCUACCGGUGAUUGACGACCACCCUCCGCGUCCACCGCGCUACGCAUGCCGCUUCCAACGCCCACCUUGCACACCGCCCAAGACCCAAGACAUGUCCAUAGAGUUCACACCUCCAGGGCCGUCUACCAACGCCUCGUAAUCCCUUCAUUCCUUCCCUUGCAUCUAUGUCCACGACCCUCAUUGCAUCAGUUUCUUGUCACUGCUCACGUUUGGUGGGCGCGCAGCCCGCAACCGCCCAUGUACCAUAUUGUAAAUCCCCUGCACGUACCCGUUUCCUGCUUCGUGUACGUAUCUGCUAGCCUGUGUAUCUCUUCUGCUUUCGUCCCCCACCCCUUGCACCGGUUAUCCGGAUACGAC